GCCCAUUCAUCUCUGCACUUGGGCGUUGGACUCCGCAUCUUAUUAGCAACAAGGGAAAUUUCUCCAUUUUGCAGCCUGUCUACAGCGACACGGCCACCAAUCUGGGAUUUUAUUACUUCUCCUCACCUGCCAGCUUUUCCUGCUAUUUUAAAAAAAAUCCUCCUCACUCUACCUGGACUUUGCUUUACAUUUUUCUUUGUGAACUUUUUCCCCUGCGCAGAGAGAGUGGGAGACAGCAGCGAAGAGCUUUGCGUUUCAACAAAGAGGCUUGUGGGUCUUUGUUCGUUUUUUGGAUCAGUUGAGUUUCUUUGUUGGAGCGAAAAGCAUGGGAGCGCAAUUGUCCAAGACAGCUGGAAAGGCUGAAACCGCGGCUGAAAAGCCAGGAGAGGCUGUUUCUUCACCCACCAAGACCAAUGGACAGGAAAACGGACAUGUCAAAGCGAAUGGGGAUGCCUCUCCUGCAGCAGCUGAGAAUGGCAAAGAGGAGGUGCAGGCCAACGGCAGCGCCACGGCAGAGGAGAGCCCCAAGGAGGAGGCCGAGAAGGCCGAGGCUGCCCCCGUUGAGGUGGAGGCUGCAGAUGGGGAGAAGGUAGAGGCGGCAUCUCCUGCGCCUGCUGAGGGAGAGGCAGCGAAGGCAGAGGACGCUGCCGCACCUUCCACCAGCAAUGAGACGCCCAAGAAGAAGAAAAAGAAGUUCUCCUUCAAGAAGUCAUUCAAGCUCAGUGGUUUUUCUUUCAAGAAGACCAAAAAGGAGACGGGAGACGGGGCUGAGAAUGAGGAGGCGGCUGCGGCCGCAGCGUCCACAGAGGAGGCCAAGGCCGAGGGCGCGCAGGAAGUGGCGGCUGCUAGUGAGGAGGCCAAGCCUGCUGAGGAGGAGGCUGCACCUGCUGCGGAGCAGGCCGAGGAGGAGGUAGAAGCCAAGCCAGAGGCGGCAGCACCAGCAGAGAAACCUGCUGAGGAGGCCAAGGAGGCUGCUCCUGCAGAGGAGCCAAAGGCAGAGGAGAAGCCGGCCGAGCCUGCAGCUGAGGAGGAGCCCAAAACAGAGGAGGCCACCCCGGCCUCACAGGAAGCAGCAUCAGCGGAGGCUCCAGCUGCAGCUGCUGAGGCUGCUGAAUAAGUUUGGAGAGGGGAAGAAAUUAAAAAAAAAAAAAGGAGAAAAAAAGAUAAUCAAAGAACAUUUCCCUGUUUGUAUGUUGGAGUGAUGCCAGAUCUUGGCUUUGAAGAACUUGUCUACAACCAGGGAUAUUUUAAAGCUUUUCUUUAUUUUUGAUUUUUGGUUUCCAUUCCCCCUCACACAAAACCCAUCUCAGUCCAUUGUUACGUCACAUUCCAGUGGGCUAGGAAGGUGGGUGGCUUCAAUAUGUACAACAGAUUAAAUACUUCCACACUCUGCCAUAUAUUUUUCAUCAGUAUUAAGUUUUUGUUUUGUUUUGUUUUUUUUUGUUUUGAAUUUUUAUACAAAAUGUAAGCAAAAUGGUAUGGACAUGCCCGUGGUAUGAAGGAGACGGGGGUUGAGCUGUAAAUGAAGGGGGGAGGUGAGUUCAGGGAGGGAGGGAGUAAGGGGCCUGGGAAAUGUGCCGCAGACUAUGAUGAAAAGAAUAGUCCGCAAAACUAUGAGACCAACAUCUAUAUACACCAUACAAUUUACAACACUAAGUCAUUUUCAUGAUGAGCCGACAAAAGAAUCCCAGAGUUAGGUCUUUAGGAAGUCAUAUAAACUCAUAGACGCUUUUCACUUCUCAUUAGCUGUACCAGUCAGUGAUUCGGUAGAAAUACAACUUGUAUAGGCUUUAUUGUUUAUUGUUGGUUUUAUGACCUUAAUAAAAAUGUAAGUAUGUAUAGGCGGGGUGUUUUUAACUGUGAUUAUUGUACAAAAUGAAAUCUUGAUCUCAAGAAGCACAUGAAGUUUGCAGCUCUUUUUUCCACCCGCUCAUUUUUGUAAGAUAACAACACACAAAAAAAGUCAUCCCAAAAGACCUUCUUAAGCAAUUUUGAACUCAAAAACCAAGCUGUGAUAAGUGGAAUGGUUAACUGUUUAUAUACUGUGGUAUGUUUUUUGAUUACAGCAAGCAAUGCUUUUUCAGUGGUCUUUGACAGAAUUUAAGGAACCUAUCAGAUGCAAAUGUUUGUGUAGCAUCUUGUCUCUCUUUCUCUCUCUCUCUCUCUCUCUUUCUCUUUUUCUUUUGUAAAUAGUGGAGAAGCUUUGACCAAUUUGACUUAGAGAUGGAAUGUAACUUUGCUUACAAAAAAUGCUAUUAAACUCCUCUGCUUAAGGUGUUCUAAUUUUCUGUGAGCACACUAAAAGCAAAAAUAAAUGUGAAUAAAAUUUGA